GCUGCCCCCACGGGAUGGUACGGGCCGAUGGAACCUGUGUUUCCUCAGCGGCCGCCGAGCCGGCCACCAACGCCCCCGCCCACCUGGGGGGGACACGGGCGGGUCCAGGCACCACCAACAGGAAACCCACCAUGACAAGAGGCACUGGCGGCAGCGUGGCGGAGCCUCUACUAGUCUGUCUCCUCAUUUUUGUCUCCUUCUGCAUUCUGAUGCUCGUUAUCACCUAUAGCUUUCGUAUUCGCAGUCGUCGCCUGGCGGUGAGGACCACUUACCGAGAGGUGAGGGCAUCCGACCUCAGUAAUGGUUCAGUCGCCAGUCUUAUGGACAACCACAACACCAUGGUGCCACCUCCACCUCCGUCCUACGAGCAGGCUACCCUCCGUGUGGCUGAGCUCUAUACCUCGCCCUCUGCUGCGCCACACACCUCCUCCAGCAGGUAUUGGAGCCGCACCGCCAGCACUGUGACGGUUCCUUCCACCUCCUCUCCUGAUAUGUCCUCCAGCCUCAGCUAUGGCUCCCUGCUGACUAGGUCUUUCCUGCUGACGCCAUCAGACUCCGCGCCAUCUCUAACUGAUCUAACAACUGCCACUGGGCGCCAUGGUCACGAUGCCCCACAACAUGAACGAUACUAACAACUGUAGGUGAUGCGUGCCUGUAACAAUCACUUACAGUUACUUGCUAACAAACAAUGGUAAACAAGCAGGAUUUUUUAUUUUUUUAUUAUUUUUCUACCACAGACGUGGCCACACAUUUACAAUGCUAACCAGCAUAUAUAGAUUUACACUAGCCUUCACCAGCUCUCUGUACUAGCAACGGCUGUAAAUAACCAGGAGUGUUGCUAACGAACAUCUACACCUUACAGCCUGUUACCAACACCCGCAUUUGACUACAAGUGCUGCAGCUAAAUUUACCUGAAGGGCCACUAGAGCCAUUAACGCCUCUAGUGGCCUCGGUGAGGACAGGAAGCCAACGGCUUGUCAAAGGUCCUUCACAUUUGUUCUUAUGAUUUUUUUUCCAGCUGUAGUUUAAAAAUUAAUACAGUUUUGCCAGUUACAGCUUCGGCGGGUAGGCAGUUCCAUGGGUUAGUAACCCUGUGGGUGAAAAAAGCAUCUCCUGGUCCCUGUCCAACAUUGUGGCUUGUUGAGCU